CACCUUUCGCAGCGGUAUGAUUUUACAUGAGAUUUACUUAAUUGAGAGCUUAAAAGUCGAGACAGAUAUUUAUUCCAAACUUAGUGGUAUUGAGGCAAGCUUCCGCCAUCAUCAUGAUUAUUUUCUUCAUUUUCAUCUAUGUAAAAAUCUUGAAUGAGGAGUAACUUUGGAAGUGGAAUGAAGGAACUCCCCUUGAUUGGAGAAUAUUUUUUCAUAUUGAUACACAAACUGAUAAUACUCGUCAGGGUCCAGCCAGAAUCUUUAUCUUGGAAUUCUUCAAGCUGGGUGAAAAUAGGUUUUUUAAUAUGAUCUUUGAACCAUUCUUCCAAAUUCGUUGACAUGAAUGCUGUAACACUUUCACUUGUAAAAUAUUUAAUGUCUGUCGUUCCUUACCGUUUUUUUGCAUAGAAAAUUCUACGAUAAAGUCAGAAUUAAUUUUUACAGCGUUAUAUUCCUUCAAGCAAUCUUCUACUUUAACCUUAAAGAGCUUUUACGCAUCGUUAAAAAAAACUUAGAAUGUCUACAUGCUUUAUAUUUACAACUACACCUGUUCUAAUUCGAUUUUGAAACUCUGAUUCUAUAUCUCGCCACUCAACUCUAGCUUUAGUUUCUUCCGAUUGUAGAUUGCCUCCUUGCUGAAGAUGUUGUUCGAGUUGAACUUGCACACAUGAAAGAUGUGUCAUACAAGUUUGAUAUUUCUGCUUUUCUCCUCUUGCAAGAUUAGCUUUGUCGAUUUUUUUGUUCAAUUCCUUUAUUGUGGAAUUGCACAUGUCCAGCCAAUAAUGAAUAUCAUUAUUGCUCAUUUCACGUAUAUUUCGCAAAGUAUCACGCACUACUACAACAAGGCGUUCAAAAAGUUGAAAUGAAGCUAUAUUUACUUUUUUCACUUAACACUCACAAAACAGAAUUCUUUAAAGAACUAGUUUCGUGUACUGUAGUAGAUAAAGUCUGCUCCUCAAAGUAAAAUUUCUUGCUUACAUAGACUAGAACACGAAAGAAAAUGAGGAAAAUUUUAGUAACUACCAAUGAAUAGGAAGUUUGACAAGGAGAAGGGAUAUUUUCUUAGGAAGGGAUGGAUUUUCUAUCUUUGCUCCAAUGAGAAGUGGUCAUCUUCGACAAUGAAAAGCUGAGGAGCAAGUAAUGUCGAGGAGAAGGGAUAUUUUCUUGGGAGGGGAUGAAUUUUCUAUUUUUAGACCAAUGAGGUCUGUGCUUCUUUUUGACAACCAAUUGUGUGACAACCGAGGUGGAGUUUCUUCUUAUAUAAGCAGGAUGGCAAAAUUCAUCUGUUUAUUUACAAUAAACUCGUCUUAUAGAACUAACUCUACGAAGCUGCAAGAUGACUACAAUGUGUGAAUACAAAAGGAUGUUUCAAAAUAUCAUACUGAAAUAUCCGGAAGAAAAUGUUUAUAUUGUUGACAUACAAGGAUUUCAAAGAAUUGCUGCGGAUACUUUCAUUUUCAAGGAAAUUAGUUUUUUGAAAAUAAAAAAAACAGGUUUACCAACUGCUUACCUCUUCAAGUCUCCAAUGCCGUGGGAAGAACUUACCGGGGAAGAAAAAUGUAUGAUUCAUUGGCUGGAAAAAAGUCACCAUGGAAUCGAAUGGAAUUCUGGUGACAUUCCAUACCAUCGACUUCAACAUGUCUUACAAAUCUUUACGCGAGAUGUUAAAAAGAUAUUCGUUAAGGGAGAACAGAAAGCACUGUGGUUGAAAAAUUAUUUGCCGAAUACUCUAAUAUCUAAUGUUGAAUAUCUCGGAUGCCCUCCGCUCGAGAACAUAAAAGUAAUAAAAAUUACUUUUGCUUGCACCAUCAUCUUUCUAUUAGAAGCAAACCAGUAUGUGCCGUCCAUAAUGCUCUUUCAAUAAGAGCAUGGUUAUUCAAUUAUUUGUUCUGAAAAAUGUAGUCAA